CGCCCGGGAGGGCCGGCUGGGGGCUGCAGGGCAGGGCACGGGCACUGGGCUGCUCUUGCUUCCUAACGGCUUGUGGUUUGUUUUUGUCUGUGUUGUGUCCCCAGUUAAAUGGAAGUGGUCAAGUGAAAGUGCCCAGUCACUACAUUUCUACCCAGAUGCUGGCACCGCCACCUCCCCCUGGCAUCCCCCGACUGGCUCUCUCUCCUGACACCAAAUCCACCACGACAACUUCCGAGGGCGGGACAACCUCACCGACAUCACCCACCUACUCUGCACCCGGCACGCCCCCUGCGAAUCGUUCCUUCGUGGGAUUAGGACCAAGGGAUCCGGGGAGUAUGUACCAGGCACAGGGUCCCCUCCCCUGGAGGGUUUUCCUCAGUGCAAGAGGACACCAGGACAUCUUCUGGAAGGAGGGUCCCAACUACAGGACUCAGUUUCCCUCUGUUCUCCUUCCCCGAGACUUUCACCCUCCCCAGUAGCACAAAGUCUGCCAGUCUGGGGCUGGGCCUGCUCUGCUG